AUGUUGCGUUCCGCUUGUUUGGUGGUUCUCCUGGCCGUCUGUGCCUCGGCUGCUAUUGAAAGCAUCAACGACAUCCCCGCCGAGUACCGAGGUAUUUGAAAAGUUUUCUACCUUCCAUUAAAGAAAAAUUCAAUAGAACUGAUUCCCGAGGAGGCCAGAGAAUUCCUCACUUCCCUUACUGAUGCCGACAAGGUUGUCAUCAAGGACAUCGCGAAAAACUUCGCUUCUUACAAGAAUGAGGAAGAGGUACUGAAUUUUCUUCUUAUUUUCAAAAAAUUGACCCUUAUUUCCGUAUUUGCAGUAAAAUUCAUUGAAGUGUGCCCGAGUUUUAGGCUCUGAACGCUCUCAAGGCCAAAUCGCCAUCUCUCGGAGCUAAAGCCGAAAAGCUGCACCAAAUGGUCAAGCAGAAGGUCGAAGCUCUUUCCCCUGAAGCCAAAGCUUUCGCUAAAGAGGUACAAGAAAACCUUUUCGUCCUUAGGAGAAAAUGACACUUUCCAGAUCAUUGCUGGAGCCCGCAAACUUGAAGCUCAGAUCGUCGCCGGCAAGAAGCCAAAUCUCGAGGAGCUUAAGGCUAAAGCUAACACCGCCAUCGCCAAGUACAAGGAUCUUUCUGAGGAUGCCAAGGCUGAUUUGCAGAAUCAUUUCCCCAUUCUCACCAAGCUCAUGAAAAGUAGUUUCCCUAGCUCCUUCAAAAAUUUAUUUUUGGCAUUUUUCAGACCAAGCGUUCCAGAAGCUGGCUGAAGGAUUCCUCGGAAAGUCAAACUAA